CACCAGCUUCAAUCGCACCAGCUCCACUGACUACAGCUCGAUACACGCGUCCAUUUGACUCAAUUCCUCUCCAGCGUCGCCAAAAUGAGCUUCACACGGCGCCGGUCGUCCCUGGAGGCGCCGCUCUCGCCAUCCAUCAUCCCCGACCUCGCUCUCCUCCCCAAACCGUUGAACAACAAGACCAUCUCCGUGGGUCAGCUGGUCUCCAGGACCUCCAAGCACGACCCCUCGACGCUCGAGCACCGCGACUACGACGAUGUCGGCUCCAAAUGGUACAAGGAUGUCAUCAGCUUCGAUGGCAAGUCUGGCCGCUUCAUCGAGUCGCUCGGCGGCGCGUACAUGGUACAGAAGCAGCCUGGGGAGGGCACAGAAGUGGGCACAAUCGAGGCCGAGUCUCAGCAUGUGCGGUUGCUGAAGGAUGCCGACGCAGCCCUGGAGAAGGUGUUGCGGGACGACAAGGCGCAGGCGUGGCUGAAGGAGAAUCAGGAGGCCGGCUUUGUGGUUGCCAUCAGGGAGGUCCUGAACGCGAGCUAUAAGCGUGCGAGGCUUGUCGAUAUUGGUGCCGGAAACUACGAGGUUCGGCGCGAGGUGGGACACGAAGGCCAGGGCGGAAAGAGGCGGGACAGCGGGCUGGAUGUGCCAGAGACUCACACCAAGACGGAUAUUGUGGGCGUGGUGGUUAGGGAGAUCGUCAAAAACAACGGCGAGUAUUCCCUUGGUGACGAGCUGGAGGCUACCUUCUGGGAGUAGGCUACUGUGGGCAUUGGUGGCACAUUGGCGCUUUGGGAAAAUGGCGCAACUGGUUGACGUGAUUAUCUACAACUGUACACAUUAUUUGCAUCCUGUCUCAUUCACCUUUCACAAUGCGUCUUUCCCAAGUCGACGUCGAUUUGUUC